AGGAAGCAGCUCAGGGUCCGGCAGUGAUUGGUGAGUUGCUGGGGCACUCCUCAGCAAGAUGGCUGCAUUGCUGCGCGCAAUAGUGGCAUCCUGGUGAAAUGACGCAAGCCACAGUUUACGCUCAGUCCUCCAGGCUCUGAGCUCUCCUGUCUCCAUAGCGCAGAUCCCGCCCGACGCAGCCGGAAGACCGACCGGCUAAACCUCCAGUGGACCGAGCUGCACCGGUUCAUCUGAGUGUGAGUGCGAUGAGGAGAGGCUUCAGAGUGUGAGGCCAUGGGCUGCACCUCGGCCAAGCAGGUGUCGGCCGUGCCCAACGAUGAGGAGGGACGCGGCAAGGCCUACAGCAAUGGAGACCUCUUCACCGAUGAAUACAAGAUGAAGGGAGUGGAGGAGGUGAAGUACAUGAGAGGGGAUGAAAACCGGGUGAAUGCCCGCAACCAGGAGAACCUGGAGAAAAGUAAUGUGCAGUACAGGGGCAAACAGCAGAAGGAGGUUGCUGGGGCAAACAUUAAGUCCAAUAUUCACACGUCAGAGAGCCAGCAGGAAUUUUUCAGGAUGCUGGAUGAGAAGAUUGAGAAGGGACGAGACUACUGUUCGGAGGAGGAGGAGGAGGAAGAUGGGACAUAGCACAGAGGCCCCCAGAAUUCAUCCUCGCUGAGAGCCUCAUAAAGUGUGUGUGUGUGUGCGUGUGUGUGUGCAUACGUAUGUGCUUAUGUGUGACUGAGAGACAGAGUUGAAUCAAUGUUUGACCAAUGGGGCGGUGAUGUAACAGGACACUGUAUGUGUUGGUAUGAACAUGUGUGUGAUUUUAUGAACAUAUGGCAAAGAUAGUAUUUUAAAAAAAAGUGAAUGAAAGGUAUAAAUGGGAGAAAGCGAGGGAGAGAGAAUGGGAUAAAGAACACUUUCUUCAGAGACUAUAGCCCUCCUCUCUUAACGCCUCAGCCCUUCAGGCCCCCUGAGCGCACAGAUGGAGGUGGUGGAGCGUUGAAGGGACAGACAGAUAAAAGGAGGGAGGAGAUGGAGGAGAACGUGACGACAGAUGGGCACACAUCGUUAUGAACGGAGGGAAGGACUUGCCACAGUCUGGUCAGACAGUCAUUUCCUCGAGCGGGACGGCAGCUCCUCAUCCCUCCAUUUCUGUCCGUCUGUCCCUCUGUUGUCUAAUCCUGAGUAAAGAACCCCUGCUAUUGGAAAAAUGGAACUCCCAAAUAUGGAGGAGGCCCAGUGAGGACAAAUGUUGUCCUGGUGGGUGUGUGUGUGUGGAGGACUGAGAGACACGCACGUGGACAAGAAAGGAAGCCUUGGGAGGAAAAGAUGGUGAAGGCAAAGGAGUUACGUAACACCACCAGGAUCUGCACUGAACUUUCCGACCUGCCUACCUACAGCCAGGCCGGCCUGGGCCACGAGGGACUGAGAGAAUGGGCAGAGGGCGGGUGAGGGAAGGUGGAGAAGAAAGGGGAAAUUUUGUGAUAUUUUAAUAAGAGAGAGUAGGGAGCGAGCUGGUGAUUUAGAAACUCUAAACUCCUCCUGCCUUCUAAAGUCAAGGACCUUGUUUUUUAUUUUUUAUUCUGUUCCGCAGCCACUCGUUCACUUAUUUUUUUUCCUCCCUUUUUCUGAUGUUCCUUCUUCAGUUUGUUUAACUCUUGGCUUCCUUCGUAGUGUAUCAUCAUCAUCAUCAUCAACAAUGUCAUUAUCAUCAUCCUCAUCACCACAGCAGGCAGACUGAAGCUGCGUAAUUCAGAGCAUCUGUGUCUCAACCCAAUCCGUCCUCCGACAUAUACCAUAACACAGCUGAUCCUAGCGGACGCACGCACAUAUAUGGAGGAAUUUAUUGUACAUUUGGCAACACACUCUCAUUUCAAAACAUCUCUGCUUGUACAUAGAAACCACACAGACAAACACUCAUCAUCGUAUCCCCCUUUCAUUUCACCAGCAGACUUUCAUGUGCAUCACUCAGAGGUAUUAUGCCAAGCUCUGUAUUUCUGUUUUGUUUCAGUGUUCAUAUACACACACACAUUAACACACAUCCAUACACACUCGGGCACUGAAGCAGCAAAACAGGGCUUAGCUCAAGGGGAGGAUGUGUGGUUGCUGUGGAGACACAGAUCUGAUCACAUUUUUUUUGUUUGACAUCUUUACUCGAUACUUCCUGUUGUAUUAUUUGGAAUACUUUUUUUCUAUUAAAAAUAAAAACGCAGAAGC